AUGAAUACGAGAUCAGAUCAAACAACUAAGGACGAUUCAACAAAAUUGAAUGAUACUGUUUUGCAUGAAGAUGAUUUGACAGAACAAGCUAAAAAUCAAUUUAGCUAUCACAGUGAUAUAUUUCGUACGUUGGAAUCAUAUCGUCAAAGCGUACUUCAUAAUGUGCAUAUAACUCAUUUGGGUCGAAAUUUUUUUCUAUCCGAACUUGAUAUUCUACACAGAAAUUGUAAGCAUGUUCUAAAUUAUGCAGCCGAACAUAAUGAGAUUUUCAAUAAAAAUUUGCCUACUAUUGGUCCAUUGGUAGUUUGCGGUCCUGCACGUACAGGUACAACAUUACUCUACAAUUUGCUUGCCUGUGAUCCGAAUUGUCGUGCCCCAUUGUACACUGAUAUGAAUGUUGAAGUUGUUCCACCGAUUGCACGAUCCGAUUCGAUCGGACAAAAACGACGAAUCGAUAUUUUAAAUUCUUCUUAUUCGUACAAUGAACAGCUCUACAAAUUACUCACUCAAUUAGCUGCACAUCAUGCACAUUUUGAUAUUGAAGAAGAUUAUGUUAUUCUACGGCAAGGUGGCUAUUUUCCUAUGUUUCCUCUUUUAUCGGACGAUGAAGAUUCCAGUUCUGAGAUUUGGAUACGUAAGGAAAUGAAAAAAGAAUAUGCAUAUGAUUAUCAUGAAGUAUUUUUACGUAUGUUAAAUAGUGUUGAUAUGCCAAAGUCACAUUGGCUAUUAAAAUCACCGUUUCAUAUUUUUUCUUUGAAUACAUUUCUUCACCAUUAUCCGAAUGCAUUAUUAAUAAUGACUCAUCGACGUCUUGACGAAGUUCUUCCUUCAUGGUGUAGUUUAUUAUUGGCAGCUGGAGAUGGAUAUUUUGACAAAUCGAACUCAAUCAGUCGAAAUAGAAUAAUAAAACGAUGUUGUCAAUGCCUCGAUACAGAAGUUGAAUGUAUAAUGAAAUUUCGAACAUCAGAAAAUGGCAAAGUUGAUCAAUCGAAAAAAAAUAUUUUCGAUGUUACUUAUGAUAAUUUGAUGAAAGAUCCAAUUGGUAUUGUCCAUCAAAUAUAUCACUAUUUUAAUCUUCAUUGGUCGAAUGAUAUGGAAAUGGCUAUGCGCAAAUGGAUUCUCGAAAAUCCUCAAGGAAAACAAGGUCGUCAUACGUACUCUCUUGCUGAAUUUGGUUUUAAUCAAGAAGAUAUUUCAACACGUUAUGUUGAUUAUAUCAAUUUGUUUCUGUCAUCGAAUAAUUAA